CAUUGCUUUUUAUUUGUUUUUAUAGUUUGUUUUUUUAUUUUGUUAAAAUUUAGUCCUUUUUGUUUCUAUAUAUUUAUUUUCAAUUAAUGAUUAUUAAUUGGAAUAUCUGGUGCAUGUUUAAAAAUCUAUAUUGUCUCAAGAUAAGCUAAUCUAUAUUUUUAUACAUAUUUAUAUAUGGUCUUGGGACUCAUGCAUGCAAGAUUAUCCCCAUGAGACCUACAAUAAGGUAUAAUAUAUGAUGUAUGCAAGACAUACGUAAUGUUUACAAUUGAUCAACAUUUCCUCCAAACCCCCCUGACACGUGCCAGAUAACCCUGCAGUAUAAUAUACAUUUGCUUUUAAGAUCUGCAGCUCUCAGAAUAGGUGGAAGGAGCCAUUACAUUUAUUUAACAGUGGUUUUUCUUUUUUGUUGUUGUGUUUUACAGUUCUUUUCCCUGGUUCAGCCUGAACUAUUUACCAGGCCCUGCUGAAAAUACCACUCAACAGUUUUCCUCUGCAGCUUAUCCAGUUUCUCUUAAGUGCCCUGUGCAUAUUGUAUGUUUUAUGAUGACAUGCAGUUUCUUAAUGUGCAUUCAAGACAAAUUACUGGUAUUUGAAAAUCUGUAGUAAAAUUUCUUAGCUUUUUCUUUUCUUUAAUGUGGGUAUUUUCGCAAGGUUUUUGGGCGGGUAUGGGCACAAAAACAGUUUAUGUCUACCUGUUUCUCAUUGUUCUUAUUUAGCCUUAUAUAUAUUGUGUAGACAUACUUGUUCCAGUUGAUCUGGCUGCAAGAAUUUGUUUCCAUUCCCAGGGUCAUGCUGUAUACUAGAUCUCAAAACAUCAUUUAUUUUUUAUUUUUUUUACUGCUGGCAAAUGCAGAUAGCCCAGGUAGCCUCUAAAUGCACACUUCUUGCAUCAAGUCUCUCUUGGGGUUUAGACUAUACUAUUGUACUUAAAUGUUAUUCAAAGGAUUCUGCAUAGUUCAAUAUCUCUCUACCUUGGCUAUUAGUCCACCCGAACAGGUAAGAAAUUAGCCUGAAAUCCAACAAUGCCCCUUUGUAUCGAGUAGAUAUUAGCUUUCACACCUUACCUUACAAAAUGUGCAGCUGUCUUGCAUAAAUGUGUGGUAGGUAUACAGAGCUUAGUGAACUGUUCCGUAUUAUCCAACCUUAAAUCAAACUUCUUUUUGUCUUGUGUAUCUUGAUUUUUCUAUGUGCUUUAUAGUGAAGCAGCCGACACCAGUCGUUGUUCAUAAAACAGCUUUUGAAAGUUGAGAGCACACCUGCGGAGAACCGGCACUGUGCUUGCUUACGUUUGGUUCAUGACUUAUAUAUCGAGUACAGGAAUAAUUCCUGAUGAGGCUAAAGCUCUGUCAUUGGUGGCGCCAGCUAACGCCGUUGCAGGCUUGCUACCAGGAGGAGGACUUCUACCAACUCCAAACCCGCUCAGUCAGAUUGGAGCUGUUCCUCUUGCUGCUUUGGGAGCCCCUACUCUUGAUCCCACUCUUGCAGCUCUUACUCUUCCAGGAGCCAACCUAAACUCACAGUCUCUAGCAGCUGAUCAGCUUCUAAAGCUUAUGAGCACAGUUGAUCCAAAAUUGAACCAUGUAACAGCUGGACUUGUGUCUCCAAGUCUCAAGUCAGACACCUCAAAAGAUAUCGAAGAAGCUAUGAAAAGAGUGCGGGAAGCACAGUCUUUGAUUUCAGCUGCCAUCGAACCUGAUAAAAAGGAUGAUAAAGGAAAAAAACAUUCUAGAUCUCGGUCAAGAUCUAGACGCAGGAGAACGCCUUCCUCGUCCAGGCACAGACGUUCUCGAAGCCGAUCAAGGAGGAGGUCGCAUUCUAAGUCUAGAAGUAGGCGACGAUCCAAGAGCCCUAGAAGACGAAGAUCUCAUUCAAGAGAACGAAGCAGGAGAUCACGGAGCACUUCCAAACCCAGGGAGAAAAAAAGAGAAGAAAAAGAGAAAAAACGUUCUAAAACCCCACCCAAAAGCUAUAGCACAAGCAGACGGUCUAGAAGCACGAGCAGGGAUAGAAGGCGCAGAAAAAGCCGGAGUGUGUCAAGAUCUCCCAAGAAAAUGAGAUCGCCAAAAAGGAAAACUUCUCGCUCCCCAUCUCCAAGGAGACAUAAGAAAGAGAAAAAGAAGGAUAAGGACAGAGAAAAGACUAGAGAUGAGCGUGAGAGAUCUACUAGCAAGAAGAAGAAAAGCAAAGAUAAAGACAAGGACCGUGAGAGACGAUCGGAGAGUGAAAAAGAUGUGAAACAGGUAACUCGGGACUAUGAUGAAGAAGAGCAAGGCUAUGACAGUGAAAAAGAGAGGCGCGAGGAGAUGAUGGUGACAGAAUCAAGUCCUGCCCAGGCGAGCGAAACCUCGAUUGAGAAGAUAAGCGUUGAGUUGGUGAAAGACUCCAAAGUGAACGGAGAUGACCAUCAUGAAGAGGACAUGGAUAUGAGUGAUUGAGAACCCUGCCAUCUAAUGUUACUUAAGAUAUGGACCAGUGUCCCCCAUGUGAUUGUUUUCUAUUUAAAAUUUUAUUUCGAAUUUGGUUGUAUAUGACCCUGAGCUAUUAGUGUAUGUACAGAACAUAAAACAGUUAUUAGAUCUGUCAUAAAGGGUUGGCUUAACACCGUAAUGGCCGAUCGUUGUCACUGCAGCCUCUGGGCAGGAAAAAAAAAGCAGAGAAGGAUUGUUGCAGUGUCAGAGUUUUACCAUUGCUGGUCUAACGCAUUCGAGUGGAUAAAACGAUUUGUGAGGUCAAGCAGAAUUGUUAAAAUGUAAAAUAAAAAAAAAAGAAGAAAAAAUAUAUCCCUAAUGUGACUCCCACAUUUGCUGCAUGUGUCUACUACACUUGGAAUGAGCUUUAUGAUUUGCUGUUUAGUUGCUCCAUGUCCUUAGUGCGCUAGACUGACUUUGAAUAAAAGAACUCUAUAGGAAAUAUGCUGGUUUACAUGUUAAAUGUGACAGGCACAUAGAUGUUCCAAGUCAAUGGUCUUUUGUAUGGUAAACUGGAAGAUGGCAUUUUCAGUGUCCAUCCUUCCAAUGUAUGUAGGUCUGGCUGGCCUUAAGAAUGGAUGUUUUUGUGGCUCUUUGUUGUCAAAAAGCUUCAAUAAAUCAUACUAACCCUUCGGAGGCUGUGAUGAUCCCCUCCAUAUUUUGGUUUUGUUUAGUAAUCUUAAUGACAUAUUCAAUAUUAUUACCAAUCCCUCCCCCCCCCCCCCCAUAUUGAAAACUGUUUUACACAUUAAGUCUAGCCCGCCACUUGAAUAUUUUACUUUGUUCUGCAACUAAAUUUAAAAUUAGUGCGUUUUUUUAACCUGACAUUUGCCUGUUUAAAGCAAGGCUCUGGUUUUGUUUUUUUAGACUAAAAGAUGCAUUUGUGUUCACUAUCAUUUCAGUAGUAAUUUGAUAGUGAUUCCACGUGCUAGUGUAUGCAGUGUAGAUUAACUCAUUUUGAGUUUCAGGAUCUACAUGGCUUCUGUUUUCAUUGUCGGUAAACAAAUGUAGGUAACAAUUUGUGCCAUCUUGAUGUACAGUUCCUGGAAUUUUGUUUUACAAGAAACUUUGAUAAUAAAAUCUAUAAACCAAUUGUGUUUUGGAAAACCC